AUGUCGACAGGGCCUGGACGGCUCGCCGCUGCCACAGAGCAUGCCCCUGUGGCAGCAUCGUCAUCCUCGCCGUUAUUAUCAGACGAUGACGCUAAUCAAGAGACAUACGAAGACAUGGGCGAACCGAGCACGGAAACCUCCUCAGAGCCCGGCGACCCAGCAAACAUCACUGCGUCGGAUCUCUCUCGACUGGGUAUUGAGACGGUGCCCAACGAAGAUGGUGGAUUUACGCUGACGUUUAGUUUGGCUUCUGCAGUGGAGCCCGAUUCUGCCUGCGCUGAACACGGAACGAUCGCGCAGGCCUCGCGAUCGUCGUCCGCAACAACCCCUCCUCCGUCUGCGACGCCCUCGUCAGCUUGCACCUGCUCCGCAAAGGGAGCCUCUGCUACGAGCUUUCAGCAGCACAUUGAGGCACUCGCUGCUCUCACAGCUGCCUCCCGGACAGGAUCCUCGGCAUCGUUUGUGGUCAGCGGCAAGGACACGGAUUUCUUUCCCUUCUUGAAGGAUAUUCCGCACCCAGUCCAGGCAGAUCCGGCCAACGCAUACGUACAGAUUCACAUUGACUUCGACACGGAAUCCCGAAAGGUAGCCAUCUCGACGACGCCGGUCAGCUCGGCAGUUGCCUUCGCCCCCAGCCGAAUCGAUCGCUCGUACAAGCCUGCAACCAGCUUCUUGCAGAGCUUGGAGACGCUGCGGCAGGAUGUGCAACCCAUGUCCAGCGCGGCCGUGUCCGCCGCCUCCCUCGUGAGCUCUGUUUUGCAGCCGGUGCCCGCGCCGGGUGCCGUGCCGAUUGCGCUUUCCAGCAGCAUUCCCAAGCCCCCCACGGUGCCGCUUGUAUCAGCACAACGCCUGUCCACUGCUGCGGCAAAGUCGCUCUUUGCUAGCGGGGUGUCCGCCGAGCCGUUGGCGCGAAAACCACUUCCCACCAGCGCCACACCCUCGCCCGCGCAAGCACGAGCAACCUCCACCAUUCCAUCCUUUGAAGCUCCGCUUUCUCCGGAAGAAGGCGACCAGCGCGGGCGCGAGCAGCAAGACAACACAACUCGAGCAGCAGACGCAGACCGGGCUCGCACUGCACGACAGCCUCGUACUCACACUGUGCACGGUCCAAUUGUGUGUGCCAUGUGCAGCACGCAAAAUCUCGAGUCGUCCCUCGUCGAAAGCAACCAGUUUGCUCAGAAUGCGUGGGCACGCGCUUUUGGCCCAGGUCCGGAUUGCGUUGCCCCGCAUCCUCCAGCGUCGCCCCUGUGCUUGCUGGCCCCGACUCUCCUCCCUGGCAAAGCGUCUGCUUGCGUUGUUUUGGCGUGGGAUUUGAUACAGUUUCCCGUUUAUUUUUGCCUGCCUUGUCGGUCGGCCGAUGGUGCUCAGACGCUCGCUCGCUACUGGGUUCACACGGCGUUGACCUGGAAUCCGUCGGAGGGUGCGGAACCAGAAGCUUCCACCUCUGAAAGUUUAGCAAGCACACAAUCAUCCAGCCCACCACCUGACCCCGCGCUGCUGGCAACGUCGCAAUUGAAACAACGACCGUCCAGGUUUGGUGGACCAGCCAGCGAACCUCUCCCGCCACCGGCAGAUGCCUCGAUGCGCAAGAAGCGCGUGCAAUCCACCGCCUCGACCUCCACAACCGUCGUUUCCGGUGGCGCAGCCCUGUCGCAAGGAGCCGGCCAAAAGCCAUCCGCUCCUUCACCACACGACCGAUUGCACCAUUCGGGAUCUGGCAAGUUGGCGCAUUCGGUUGGUGCAGCGCCAGACCUCGACGAGGAGAACGAGAUGGCCACAUGCCGAAAGUUGUUUGACAUUUUCUUCCACAGCGAUCUGUCCUUCAGCCGCCGACUACAUUGCGGAUCCAUGCCAAAUGCCAUAACAGCUGCUGGUAGUCUCGUGCAAGCAGUCAUGUCCGCUACAUCGCGAGCACGAGAUGCAAGCGAAGACAAGUCCGGAGACGACGCGGCAGCAGACGCUCCGUCAAGUGUCCCAACUCACGCGAAUGCCUCUGCUGGUGAAGAACCAACGCCUGCCCUCAAAAAGUCCAUGAUGGCAGAACCGACGUCGCAGACAUCGGCGACAGCUGCCUCCAAGACACCCACCAAAACUUCCUCAGCCUCUGCUGCGCCGUCGCCAUCUGCUUCUUCUUCCUCCUCUUCUGCCUCGUCAGGGCGACAGCGAGAUCGUCGAGGCCUUGGCUUGCACCAAGCUUGGACGGAUGCCAUGCGCGUCAUCUUUGCCGAUCCGGACGGCGAUCCAUUCGGCUUUGGCAUCAUUGACUGCGCCGAGCUCCGAGAUAAAUCCGCGACUGCCAGCUUUGCGGACGUCGAAACCAUGCUUCAACGCAUGUUCCGUGAGAUGACUCGCUUCUUGGUGGAUCGGCGCAACGCGUUGGGCAUGGUGAUUGCGGAAAGUCAAGAUAUUGAUCGGCCGUACGACAAGACGAUGCAAUUCCCAAGUUGUGAAUUUCUCGUUGUGCUACUGAACGCAUUUGUCGACUUGUCGGUUUGUAUUUCGCGCAUCGAGAUGGUCGUGCAGUGCAUGCAUCCCAAAAUGCACAUGCACAUCGACGAAUUUCUGGCGUGGAAUGCGUGCGACUGGCAACUAUUGCUGUACUCGGCGUUUGUCCAGAUUGUCUUUGGUGAUCGCACCGUCCAGCCAUAUCUCAAGCAGGUUCGCGCCGUGCUAGAGCGCACUGUUAUGACUGAUUUUGCGAGCGACAAGGGUCAUCUGCUGAUGGCUUACAUGCGCUUCCAGAGACUCAUGAGCAGCCUGCUCAGCAAUCGUACUGGACCCUCGGCGGAACGCUACGAGCAUCAGCUCUCGCGACACUGGUUUUUCAAGAUGGCUGCAUUGGCCGGUGAUCUCCGACCCUUUGUGUACAUGGUUGCCGAGCAGAUUCAGCAGGAUGUCGUUCUACCCAGCGCAGCGGCUCCGCGGGUCAUUGGCAUGACUGCGUUGUCGCACGAGCUGAUGAAACUCGUGCACAAACUGGUUCAGGAAGGGUGUGUGUUCUCGCUUCCCCUUCAUGCCAUUCCACUGGUUGAGUUUACCAACAGCAGCGGCUCCAACGCCAGUCCACCAGAGGCGAAUUCGUCCGACAGUGCGGCACCCAAAGCAACGACCGCGAAUGCAUCGCCAGAUCAACCAGGGAAGCCCGCUCACGCACCGCACCAAAUGUCCUUUGACGAAGCGAGCGAAUUGCUGUCCGAGUUUGUCGAUUCGUUUGAAAGCCCCGUGCAGUCAUUCUUCUCGGACGAGUCAUCGCAACCGUAUGCAGCCGAUCUGCACCGCCUCUUCCCCAAGUUUGUGUUGGAGGAAGGCAAGGUGCCUCCGACCUCUGUUGCUCGAAACACGACGGCUGCGGUGCGUGAAGCCAUCGCUGCAGCAGAGCAGCUGCUCGGCGCCCGUCAGCGAAUGACCACUGCGAUGGUAAAUCGCGCCGCCAAGGAGACGAAUCCAACGCUGCGCGCAUCGAUUCUUCGUAGCACCCAUGCCAACAUGUUUGAUACGCCGUGGAACCUGUGCAAGUGCAUUUCAUGCAUCUUGGCGUAUGGUUCCCCGACCGUCUUUGUCGAACAGGGCAUUCUGCGCUGCCCAACGCACUUUGCCUCGCUGCCUCCCCGGCACGAGCUCUUGCAGGAGAUGCGGGCCGCUCGCUUCACGGAUGCUUCACGCGAUCCCAUGCCAACGUAA